GUGAAAUGUGAAUUGUCAAUGUCAAAUGUCAAAUUAAAUUUGAUUGUAAGAGUGAUUUGUUGUUACUGUGUUGCCGGAAAUUACGAGAUUCCUAUAACAAAAAUCAAAUUAAGAAAAGAUGUUUCUUACAAGGAGUGAAUAUGAUAGAGGAGUUAACACCUUCUCACCUGAAGGACGCCUGUUUCAAGUAGAAUAUGCUAUUGAAGCCAUCAAGUUGGGAUCCACAGCUAUAGGAAUAUGCACCAGUGAAGGAGUAGUUUUGGCCGUUGAGAAACGUAUAACAUCUCCUUUAAUGGAACCAACAACAAUAGAAAAAAUUGUAGAAGUCGAUAAACAUAUUGGAUGUGCCGUUUCUGGUUUGAUGGCAGAUUCACGAACAAUGAUCGAUAGGGCAAGAGUGGAAUGCCAGAAUCAUUGGUUUGUGUACAAUGAAAACAUGAGCGUUGAGUCUUGUGCACAGGCUGUUUCCAAUUUAGCAAUUCAAUUUGGAGAUUCUGAUGAUGAUGGUGCAGCAAUGUCAAGGCCUUUUGGUGUAGCUAUUUUGUUUGCCGGUAUAGAUGAAAAAGGCCCUCAAUUGUACCAUAUGGAUCCAUCUGGAACGUUUGUACAGUUUGAUGCUAAAGCAAUUGGGUCUGGCUCAGAAGGGGCACAGCAAAGCUUGCAAGAAGUGUAUCAUAGAAGCAUGACUUUGAGUGAAGCAACUACAGCAGCGCUGACUAUUUUGAAACAAGUGAUGGAAGAAAAACUCAAUUCAUCCAAUGUUGAAGUCAUGACUAUGACACCAGCACAGAUGUUUCAUAUGUUUACUAAAGAACAAGUGGAAGAGGUAAUUUCCAAAUUAUCUUAAUUUUAUUUCAGAGAUAAUUUUUUUGGUAUGCAUCAAUUCUUUUUAUUUUAUAUACAUUAAGAUACAUUUCUUUUCAAGUCCAAUUGUACAAUUCAAAAUUGGUGAAAUAGUGAACUCAGUUUUGUGAAAAAUAAAUUUUUUAGAAGAA